UUCACUUGCAGACGCGCUUCCUGACACGAAAAUAGCGGGAUAUGCAGUUUAUUCGUGCACUACAACGACCGACGUCGCCCCUAAUGAAAGCGAGGCAGUGUAAACACAACUCCAGGAACAUGAAAAGAUCGGGUGACAGUGAGGGGGAGAAGAGAAGAAAGAGGCGGAGGCUACUGCAGGAGUUGGGAGACCAGAAGAUCCCCUUUCUGGCACCCUCAGAUCGAGGUUUUCAGCAGCUGUGGGACACCAGUUACUCUGGUCUCGUGCUAAGGAAAUCAUGCUCACUGCCUGCUGAGCUCCAUAGCCGGGUGCAGGCAGCUCUGCUCACCCUCAGAAGGAAGGGAUGCCUCCUGAAGGAUCUGGUUCGUGUUCGUGACCGAGAUGUGUUCACCGCUGUGUCACGUGCCCUGCUGGGCGAACCGGGCCAUACAUAUCGCUAUCUGGACACACGGCUCUUUGCCAUCCCCUGGCACAGUGAGGACAUAGAUGUCAAAGGACAAAACUGUUGUGACCCAGAUCUGAGAGCUGCCUGCAAGGCAUUGUGGGAACUUAACACCUUUUUCUGCACUGAUGUGUCUCAGCUGAAAGAAGGAGACAGGCUAACACAAUGGGCGAAGGGAGAGGCAGAAGCCAAACAAGGUGAAGAGGGGGACACAGAGUCUAAACACAGUGAAGACUCUAAAAAUAGUGAAGGAGGGGACUCAGAGUCCAGGCAGAGUGAGGAGGGGGACACAGAAUCCAAGCACAGCGAAGAGUGGGACAUUGAGUCAAAACACAGUGAGGAAGGCUGCUCUGGGUCUAAACAGGAAGGGGAGUGGGAGACUGAGUUCAAACACAGCACCGAGGAGGGAGAGUCUUCCCAAGUAAAGCCAGGUGAAACCAGUUUUGCAGCAGCUUCAGAGCAUGCUGAAGGAAAAUGUCCUGACUGGGGAGUGAAGGCCAGUGGUGGCACAGAGACUGAACCUGUGGGACUAAAGGCCCAGGAGAAACCUGUGGCCGAACUAAAGCACAGCCUAUCAGAUUACCACAUUCAGGACAAAGAGGAGCACGAGAGUGGCCAGGGCUGUUCUCAGCCUAGUCCUCCACAGGUAUGCAGCGGUCCAGUAAAGUUCAAUGUCACCUUACUCAAUUACAUGGACCCAGCCGCAAUGAGCCAACUCAAAGAGGAGCCGUACUAUGGCAUGGGGAAAAUGGCAGUAGGGUGGCACCACGAUGAGAACCUGAUCACUCAUUCACCAGUGGCUGUUUACAGCUAUAGCUGUCAUGAUGACAAAGGUGAGAGCAGUGAGGGAAGCAGCAGUGAUAAGGCCUGCUGGAGGAUUGGGCUCAAGGUAGCCUGGGACAUCCACACACCUGGCCUGAUGCUGCCGCUGGAGUCUGGAGACUGCUAUUACAUGAGAGAUGACCUGAACAGUACCCACCAGCACUGUGUCCUAGCUGGAGACACUGCACGCUUCAGCUCCACACACAGAGUGGCUGAGUGUUCCAGUGGAACCCUGACCUACAUCCAGUCACGUUGCCAGGAGGCCCUGUCCAACCUGCACACUGACCCCGACACAGGAUCCCAUAGGCUUGUGGCUCUGCUGCCGGCAACGCUACAGGACUGUGAGGAGAUUCACAAUGAGGUGGAGUUUGAGUGGCUGCGGCAGUACUGGUUUCAGGGCCAGCGUUAUGCUCGGUUCUGCAGCUGGUGGACCAGACCGAUGGAGCAGCUGGAGAAGGACUGGAAGCUCAUGGAGACCAUGACUAUGCUUUUCCUGGCUGCAGUGGAGGAGGAAGGCCAAGCAGAAGAAGGAAGGAGGGAGAUGGCAGAGAUCCUGCUGUCUGCUUUGACAGACAGACACCAGCAAAGACAGACAUGGAGAGACAGAAACAAAUCUUCAGGAGGUUGGGACUGUCCUCUAUUAUUCAUCGGUGGUAAUGAUGGAGAGGAGCUGGCAGGAUCUGUGGACUUAUUGAUCCUGUCCUCUGGUUUCGUGCCUUACCUCCUGUGGGGGUGGAGGAAAGGAGGUGCCACUCAAGUCUGGCCCAGACAUUGCCCCCUGAGGAGGCCCCAGUGGACCGGCCCUUCUGGGGUGUGGAUGACCCCAGCAUGCCUCUGCCCUUUGAUCUGGCUGACAUCAUUAACAGAGUGGAGUCACUGCUCUGGAGGAUGUAAAGAUGGAUAGAGGAAACAAGGAAGCAAGAAAAAAAAAGACCCACCAGCUUUUCUGAAUGAUCCCCACAUUAGCUGAGGGGACAGACCAGAUUGAUUUCCUUUUGAUUAGGCCAUCUACAUCACCCCCGACUCCACCCUCCACUACCCCAGCUGACCCCAGCAUCUCAGUCACCCCAACUUGGAUUGGCUGGAAGGAAACCAACACAGUAGAUCAAGAAUAGUGCUUCAGUAACAUGCUAACAAACGCAAUGCUUAGCACCAAGCCACUAGUGUCACAACGGUCUAACAAAACAUAUAUGGAACCCGCAUUUCAGUGUUAACAUACAACAUUGUGUUACUAUUUAUUAUUUCAGUGUACUUUGUUACCUAAUCUCAUGUAACCCAGACAUGCUUUUAUCAGUGGAUUGUUCUCAUUCUCAGUAGUCAUAGUACAGUACAUACAUAUAUGCUUUCUACUUGUCACACAGUGUUAUAAUACAGUAUAGAAUGGUAAGAAAACUCACUUUGCUCACAGGCUAUUGCAUUCUUCACUUGUGUAUAGUGUAACCCUUUUAUUGUGUUAAGAAGUGAAAUGAGCCAGAAAAGACCAAAGAACGAUUAUGAGAAGAUUGUUAUGAAUGUCAUCCAAUGGAGUACAUGAAGAAUGUGUUGUUAAGUGUUUAUGGUGCAGUGGUGUGCUUGUGCCAUAUUAAUGUGUAACUGUGUGCGUGCGUGUGUGUGUGUGUGUGUGCGUGCAUAAGAGCGUUCACUCUCCCAAAUGUCUACAUGAAGGCGUGUGUGUACGAAUGUGAUAGUGUGUGAGCCUGUAGGCAGCCUGCCAGUUGUUUGUUCUUGAAGAUGUGCAUAUGGAGAAACAGAGACUAGCAGCAGGGCCCCUCUGCUACUGCUCUGAUGAAAGGCAGCAUUGAUAGAAUGACCCGGAACACAACCGCCGUUUCUCAUAAUUACAGCUGUUCAAUCGCUUUUAAUUACUCUUAAAGUGUGUAGAGCACCACAUUCCCCUGUAAUGCUGCAGGCCAUCUAGAGAGUGAGAGAAAGAUCCGGCACUUCUGACAAAAUCCACUUUCAAAAAAGCUAAAAAGGGUGGAAAAGGGGGCCGACGUCAAAGCAGUGUAGCAGCCCUCCUCGUUUGAUUUCUUUCUCUAUCUAGUUCAUGAUGAAGUAGAGAUGCUGUUUACUAUUAAAAAUGCAGAAUGCACUCCUUUUUUUACUUCUGAAGUUUUUUCCAAGAUGUUAAUGGUUGCCAAACGCUGUUCUUCUUGCUUCUUCUUUUGCUGCGCCUUUGUUGUUUGUUGUUGUCAGAGAGAUUUGUUUGUAGAUUGGCAGUAGCUUUGACUUGUUUGAAUCACUCUGUGCUCCCUGCGCCACAGCUUGUCUGUCUGAAGCAAUAGGAAUGGCAGUAAAUAAAAAAAACAGU